AUGGAGAAAACGUUCAACCUUAGUCACAAUAGGAAACCCGUGUUCUACGGAUUCAUCGCUAUUUGGCUAAUUUCAGCUGGUAUCUGGGUCUAUGUCUACACUCCGAUUGAUUUUAGUGAGUCGGAAACGUCUAUUUACCAUCUGGAACUUAGGGCUCCCAACGCAGACUUAUCUAAUCCUUUGAAUGUCAAGAAAAUUGAUGUGUUUGAAGACUGUACCAUUCAGAAAUUGGUACGUACCUUGGGAAUCGAAGACACUAGAAGUAUUGAUAGCCAUUCGAGCGUCUAUGACCAAAUGUUGGAGAAGCGUGCAUUAUCAGACAUUCUAACAAACCUCGAUUUCACUGAGAGAUGCAACUUGUACUUUAAGAACCUAUUUGUGCGAGACCACAACUGGUUUGUGGAUCCCAAUGAAGACUUCCCUCUUGAACAUCGUGAUGCAUUUGACUUACAGCUGUUUAAAAAAGAGACUUCUGAAAGAGUAAGGGAGAAAUUUGCCCAGAUGCUAAACUUGGAAUACGACAAGAUCAAUUUCGACGACGAGAAUGUCCGUAAAGAGGUAGAUCGACUUACCGAAGAAGAGUUCAAUGAGUUCUGGGAACGAACCAUGAAGACAGAACAGAAGAUUGUAGACUACUUAUCCCAUUUACGGAUUUUCAACAAGUGCUAUGUCACCAGUGAUAAUAGGUACAUCAUGAGCAAAGCCAAUGAAUUGAUAGAAAAAGAAGCCAACAGCAUAGAUCACACUGAGUUCAAGGCCGACGAUGAUGAACUGUUAAUCAACGAUCUGGGUUCUAAAUCCUGUAGUGAGUUGGAAAGCAGAAUCUAUAAAUGGGUGUCUCAUUCUUAUCCUAUUUAUGAAAGGUGGACCGGCGAGAUCUUCCUAUCUCCUCCGGAUCUCCGUAAAUUCGUUCGUCAUCCCGAAGUGUUCAAGACUACAAACUCCAAGUUCAAGGGUUUUACUGAACGCCCUUCCAAAUCCGCAUCCACGUUAAAUGGGCCAUGUUUCUUCAACAAAUUCAAAAAUCUGUUGAACGGGAAGGGAAUUGUGCUAUCGAUCGGAGACAAACAUGUAGACGAUAUUGUAAGACUCAUUCGCCUAUUAAGAGCAUUGAACAACCACUAUCCAAUCCAAAUCGUCUUCUAUGACUCGCUCAGUGAUGAGACCAAAGCAAGAAUAGUCGCAGCUGCUAGAAAUAAAAUGGUAGACUUACCAGAGAGCUUUCACAAAGUUUCAAAGCAUUUCCCGCCAGACUACCUCAACGUCCAAGACGGUGGAUUACCAAAGCAAGAAGUAUGGUUUGUCAAUACCUACAACGCCAUUCACGACCAUUUCAAGGAUAAGUUCAAACGGUUUGCUAAUAAGUUCCUAGCAACUUUGUUCAAUUCAUUUGAGGAAUUCAUGUUAGUUGAUGCUGAUACAACAACAGAGUUGAAGAGCCAGCAGAAGGGUGGCACAUGGAAGGUGGAUAUUGUCAUAGUUAUUUAUGGUGGACUUACUUCGGAUGGACAAGAUAACACUCAAGUAGGGAGAGUAUUUGAGUUCGAUCAGGAUUCGAUCGACUUGUCCUCUUAUUUUGGUGAUAUUUGGGUUGGGAAUGAGUGAUUUUAGCAUAUUCCUCAUAAUUAUUUUGUUUGUGAUCCAGCAAGCGUUCAAGUCAUAUGUCACUUACCAGAUGACUUUUUCCAAAUAUAUACCUAG